AUAUGGACAAUCGAAUACCCCCAGUUCAGAAUCGAUUGCUCCCUGUGGUAUCUUGGGUUAAAUUUACUCAGUCGUAUUCAGCGCUGAUCGGAUUGAACAAUGAGAGCAAAAUUUCUGGGGGUGACAUUAAUAUGCUAUUAUUUAGCAAUCACUGAAACCGAUGGACAGAAACGGUUUCCAGCGGAGUUCAAAUUUGGCGUCGGAACUUCAGCGUAUCAAAUCGAGGGAGCAUGGAAUGAAGACGGAAAAGGGGAAUCUAUUUGGGAUCAUCUGGUUCACAACCAUCCCGAGAAGAUCGCUGACCGCACAAAUGGAGACGUCGCCUGUGACAGCUACCGAAAUUAUAAACGUGACGUGGAGAUGCUCCGGGAUUUGGGAGUCAGUAUGUAUCGCUUUUCAAUCGCUUGGAGUCGGAUCAUGCCCACUGGUGUCGGUAAUAACGUGAACAAGGCGGGGAUUGCCUAUUACAACAAUCUGAUCAACGAGUUGAUCAAAUAUGAUAUUGAACCAAUGGUUACGUUGUACCAUUGGGAUCUACCACAGCGCCUGCAGGAAAUGGGAGGUUGGACCAAUAGGGAAAUUAUCGAGCACUUCAGAGAAUACGCCAAAGUCGCAUUUGAGGAAUUCGGAGAUCGUGUCAAAUGGUGGACAACGUUUAACGAGCCUUUGCAAACUUGCCUGUAUUCCUAUGAACAUGAUUCUAUGGCACCUGGAUACAACUUCCCUGGGAUUCCUUGCUAUCUGUGUAGCCACAAUUUGCUUUUGUCGCAUGCCGAAGCGGUUGAACUCUACAGAACUCAGUUUCAACCGACGCAAAAUGGAAUCAUCGGAAUAACGGUUGACUCUUCAUGGGCCGAGCCACGGAGCAAUUCAUCUGACGACCGUGAAGCUUCAGAAUGGUCAAUGCAAUUCCACAUUGGAUGGUACAUGCAUCCAAUUUACAGCAAAACCGGAAAUUACCCACAAGUAAUGAUCGAUCGUGUCAACAUGCUCAGUGCUCAGCAAGGAUUCCCUAAUUCGCGACUACCCGAAUUCACACCUGAGGAGAUUACGAAACUUAAGGGCUCCUCCGACUUUUUCGGCAUCAAUACAUACACAACAUCGCUGGUGUACAAAAACGAUGCCGACAAUACUGCAAACUACAGAGUGCCAUCUUUUGAUCAUGAUCGCAACACUGUCGGUUACCAAGAUCCAGCUUGGCCAGAAACUGGUUCCGGUUGGUUCAGAGUCUAUCCAAAGGGGAUGUACCAUUUGUUAACGUGGAUCCGGAAUGAGUACGACAACCCACCGGUGUACAUAACAGAAAACGGGGUCAGCGAUCGAGGUGGAACCAAAGAUAUUGCUCGUAUCAACUAUUACAAUCAGUAUCUGAGUGCUGUAUUGGAUGCUAUGGACGAAGGGAGCGAUGUGAAAGGUUACGUUGCAUGGAGUUUGAUGGACAACUUUGAGUGGCGGGCUGGGCUGACCGAGCGUUUUGGAUUGUACUACGUGGACUACAACGAUCCAGACAGAAAGAGAAUUGCCAAGAGCUCGGCAAAGGCGUAUGCUAACAUUAUUAAAACUCGGUUGAUAGAUUUGGACUACAUACCGGAGCCUGAAGUCUAUAUCCCUGACAAUAAUGACGCCAUCAGUUUCGAUGCUUCACGGGGUUUGAUAACAUUGGCAUUUGGUUUUUAUUGGAUCUUUAGGUGUUAUGCUUAAGAAUGGACAUGCGAAAUUAAAACACAUACGUUUAUCGAUAA